AUGUCUUAUGACCUCAUCUGGCUUUUAACUCGCAAGAGCAGCUCAUACAUAGUAGACGCGGUUCCCGAAGGACCCAUCUUCUCGAGGGAGCCUGGUAACUUGUUGAAUAUUCACUCACACAAAUAUUCCAUUAUCGCGGACCCAAAGCCCCUUUCUAUCGUGGAUGGCCCAUCUGGAGUUGAGGUUGUGACUCGAAAGCCAUCUGCGUCGAUACAUUCCGUGAAAUCUGCUCGUCAUGUCACUAGGAUUCGCGGUAGAUCCGGCCCUCGACGGGCUGCUGGCAUUGCCAUCCAAAAGCCGAAGUCUGGCUACCGGUCUGACUUGAAGAAGCCCGCUGCAGCUCGUAUUAGUGCUAUUCUGGCGUCUAAGAAGGAGAAGAAGCCGCUGCCCGAGAAGAAGCCAAGGGGGAAGAAGGCAAAAGCUGCUGCGUCUGAAUGA